AUGGAACCGAAAGUAGUGUACACUAAACGCAGUCCCAAAGAGACUACCGGUCCACUGAGUCGAUUAUUCUUUGGAUGGACAAGGAAAUUGUUUCUCAAAGGCACCAGGAGAAACUUGACCCUAUCGGAUCUCUAUUGCCCCAUGAAAUCGGAUGAAUCCGAGGGACUUGGCGACCGAUUGGCCACGUCAUGGGAACGUGAAUUGCAGAAAUCGGUGUCGAAAGAGGACACGAACGAAACGUAUAAGCGAAACUCGAAUGAAAAAGGUUCUCCCCUGUUGGCAUUGGCAGUCGUUCGAGCAUUUUGGCCAGAAUUCAUUAUCACAUCCGUCCUUUACGGGCUCCAAUACGUGGUCCUGCAGAUGUUUCAACCGAUUCUGCAAUCUUGGAUAAUCAGUUAUUUUAAAGGGAAUCAAGACGCCUCGACAAUCACCAAAACGGAUGCUCUAAUUUACGCUGGCUCACUGACGAUCGUUUUGUUAGUCACAGUUUCAGUUAAUCAUCAUGCUGAUCUAUUGGUGGACCAAAUGGGCAUGAAGAUACGAGUCGCCUGUUGUUCCCUAAUUUACAGAAAGAUGCUACGACUGAGUCGUGGUGCUUUGACUCACAUCACAUCCGGACAGAUCGUAAACCUUAUCAGCAACGACGUGAGUCGCUUCGAUACCACCAUGCAUUUCGUCAAUUUUAUGUGGAUCACACCUGUUCAGACACUUAUUGUCGCGAUGAUAGUAUGGGACCAGAUUGGACUCGCGACCAUCGUGACAUGCGGAUCACUUUUUGUAAUCAUAUUUCCGGUUAUCGUAAUCACUAACCGACUAAGUGACAGAUUCCGGGAGAUCAUAGCAGUGGUAACAGACACAAGGGUGCAACUAAUGCAUGAAGUAUUAACGGGCAUUCAGGUAAUCAAAAUGUACGCUUGGGAGAAGACGUUCGCCAAGAUCCUAAGUACUAUCAGAGCCGAGGAACUGAAAAAGAUCAAAAUGGCAUCGUUCAUUCGAGCUGUACACAUGUCCCUCAUAGUGAUACCGAACCGACUGGUUCUCUAUCUCACCCUUUUGUCUUACGUUCUAAUGGGAAACCAGAUCCAGCCGAACAUAACGUUUAUGUUGGUGAGCUACUUUCAGCAUAUCCAACUGACGCUUGGGUACUUCGUACCAGUGGGGGUUAUGCUUAUUAGGGAGUCCUUGGUGUCCCUCAACAGAAUAGAGCAAUUCUUAUUACUCGAAGAACAGUCGAAAGGAAAAAUAUCGUCGCUUCGAGCACGACCAAAUGUUCCUCUAAAGUUCAAGAAGAACGGUAAGACGGAGAAUAGCACGGAAAUACCAGAUACCGGUAAACCAGAGAACAUUUUCGAGGAAAUUACGCCAGUUUCGGUGGCACUGGAACACGUAUACGCGAACUGGGUUCCGGAAAAUUUACCACCAACUUUGUGCAACGUGUCGAUGCAGAUUCGAGCUGGGGAAUUGUUCGCGCUUGUGGGCUCUGUCGGCUCCGGCAAGUCUUCCAUCAUUCAUCUGCUUCUAAGGGAAAUAUCCUUAGGAGCUGGAAAAGUGAAAUUCAUCAGUUAUCCGGCGAAGGAGAUUCAGAACAACAAACUGGGCUAUAUCGUUCAGAAAUUAAAUCUGAAAGUCUCGUACGCGAGCCAAGAACCGUGGUUGUUCUCUGGCUCGGUCAGACAGAAUAUCCUCUUUGGAUUACCGUAUGACAGAGAAAGAUACGUCGCGGUGACGAAAGCUUGUGCGUUAACUAGAGAUUUUCAACAACUCCCUUACGGCGACAUGACCAACGUAGGCGAGAAUGGGUCGUCGUUAUCAGGGGGCCAAAAGGCCCGAGUGAACCUGGCAAGGGCGGUCUACAGACAAGCGGAUAUUUACUUGCUGGACGAUCCAUUGAGCGCGGUGGACGCACGAGUGGCCAAGCAUCUCUUCCAGAAGUGCAUUCGGGAAUACCUUCGCGGGAAGACGAGGGUUCUGGUCACCCACCAGGUACAAUUUCUCAAGGAGGCUCACACUAUUGCGGUGAUGGAUCGAGGUAGUGUAAGAAUGCAAGGCUCUUACGACGAAUUGUCCAAGUCUUCGAAGGACUUCACGGAGAUAAUCGAAGGUAUUAAAAUGUCAGCAGACGCCACUAGGGAGAAAGAAACCGAGGAUAUACCAUUAAAUGAGUCAACGACGAAGAGACAGAUCAGUAGAAAGAGCGUGGGCAGAUCUUCUAUUAUAUCCACCGCCAGCAGUAUAUUAACCUACAAUUACGAGAUUCAAGAGUUUGCGCCGUCCGAAGACAACGAAGAGGAAGCCAUUGGUCGCGCUUCUGCAAACGUGUACCUUAAUUACUUCAAAUACGGUGGUUCUUGUUUCGUUUUGGCGAUGCUUGUCUUCGUAUUCAUCGUCUCCCAAGUGAUUGUUUCCGGUAACGAUUAUUGGGUCUCCUACUGGACAAAUUUAGAAGUUAUCCGACGGUCAGUGGAAAACGGUUCUCAGGCUGACAGUUAUCAGUAUAGUUACAUGUUCAACAACACGUUUUUUUCGAGCAUAUUUACAUUGGACAGCAACGGUCUUCUAUCCGAAUCCGACGCGCUAUACGUUUACGCCUUCUGUAUUGUCUCUUGCAUCGUGAUCGCCUUUGGCCGAGGUUUCUUCUUUAUGCAGAUCUGUAUGGUCGCCAGUCGCAACAUUCACAAUUCGAUGUUCUGGAGUGUGUUGCAGACAACGAUGUCAUUCUUCCAUCGGAAUUCGACCGGUAGAAUUAUGAACAGAUUUUCCAAAGAUGUCGGCACCAUAGAUGAAUUGCUGCCGCUGGCAUUGCUGGAAACUGUUAUCGUAUUCUGCACUACCUCAGGCAUCUUUAUUAUGAUAGUAAUCGUCAGUUACUGGAUGAUUGUACCUCUAACUGUUCUACUUGUUCUAAUUUACGUCAUAAGAUUACAGUAUCUUAAGGUUGUGCGGAGAUUGAAACGUCUGGAGGGCAUAGCGAAGAGUCCCGUGUUCUCGCACAUGACCGCUACGCUUGAGGGAUUGUCGACGAUUAAAACAAGUGGCUCAGAUGUAUCGAGGCUGUUGCAAAGACAAUUCGAUCAGUUACAGGAUGUUCAUACCGGUGCAUGGUACAUGACGCUUGUCGCGCCAUCUGCGUUUGGUUUGUACCUCGAUAUAGCUGUCAGCUUCGUUAUAGGAGCGAUUUCUUUUAGCUUCAUUCUUCUCGACCGAGGUAAUACUCUUGGCGGUACCGUCGGCCUAGCUCUAUCACAGGCAUUCCUUAUUCUUGGUACAUUGCCCUACGGUAUAAAAAAAAGCAGUGAUGUGGUAGCGCAAAUGAUAUCUGUAGAGAGGAUCUUAGAAUAUGUUGGGCUACCUAGCGAAGGCAAUUGGGAAACUAGCAAUCCACCUCCGGCCGACUGGCCGAAUCAUGGCCAGGUGAUCCUGAAAAACGUCAGUUUGCAAUACGAAAAGAACGAGGCACCGGUUCUUAAGAAUUUGAACGUGACCAUCGAGCCAGGAUGGAAAGUCGGUGUUGUAGGCAGAACCGGCGCUGGAAAGUCGUCCCUGAUAUCCGCUCUGUUCCGUUUGUUCCCCGAAGGAUUGGACGGACAGAUAAAAGUCGAUGGAAUCGACGUCAGCACAGUGGGUCUGCACGAAUUUCGCACUAAAAUAUCCAUCAUUCCUCAGCAACCGUUUCUGUUCACCGACACUGUACGCAACAAUCUGGAUCCGUUCAACUCCUACGACGAUACGACGUUGUGGGACAGUCUUCACCAAGUGGAGCUUAACGAUCUCGUCCUUGAUCAAAAACUGCAAUACAGUGGAGGCAACUUGAGCAUCGGCCAGAAGCAAUUGAUCUGUUUAGCAAGGGCCGUCUUGAAAAACAAUCGGAUUCUCAUUUUGGACGAAGCCACCGCCAACAUCGACAACCAAACCGACGCUUUGAUCCAGAAAACAAUACGAACCAGGUUCUCCGACUGCACGGUCAUCACCGUUGCUCAUCGCUUGAACACCAUCAUCGACUGCGACAGGAUCAUAGUGAUGGACGCUGGAUGCAUCGCGGAAUUCGGCUGUCCUCACGAGCUCCUGCGCGACAAGCCCAACGGGAUAUUCUCGACGAUGGUGGCAAACACGGGGCCGACUAUGGCGAAAACUCUUCGCGAACAGGCGGAAAGAGUUUCCAUAAAAAACAAGAUGGAACAAAAUCUUAAUUUGAUCAGGCAGAGCUCCACUGAUACCGAUGCAACGGACAUCAUCGCUGAAACUGUUCUGUAA